AUGCUUAACGUUGACGGAUCGGGAGUCGAUGGUCUAGACGCAGGUGCAGGUCAGCCAGCGACGGGAAAUGGAGCGGCUGGCCUCCUUCGUGGAAACAGUCCUGCAGGAGAGGGAGUGACGAGUCCAUCGCAGAGUGAAUCCAGUAGCGGAAAAUUGGCAAGCGGGGAGGCAGGAUCUGGUGGUGCUGGUGGAGCCGGCCAAGAGUACACGAUGGAAGCCCUUCCUACAGCAAGACAAGUGGAAGGAGCCGCUGUGUGCCACGAAGAACAGUCGUUCUGGGUGAACUCGCGCCUGCGCACGGUGGCGUGCAACGCAUCGCAGCCGUUGAUCACGAAUGCGCCCGACAUGCUCAACAACAUCUUCGUGCCGCUCUACGCCUGCCCCUUCCAGGAACGCCUCGGGCCCUGGGGCGAAGGUGGCAAGUGGAUAUGUAAUGUGCCAUCAGCAAUCCAGCCCAAUCCUGUUAUCUACAGCAUUCACUCGAAGCCAGAGUACGGCUUUGAGCUGGCGGCGUCCAUAGCGCUGCACACGCGGGCGCACGUGUUCAGCUCGUCGCUGUCGGCGGCGCAGCAGGCGGCAGUGAGGGCGGAGGCGCACGUGGAGUUCCACGAGGUGGGGCUGGCGCUGCCCAAGGACGCCAAGCCCACCGAUGUCUCUCUGCCCGACCUGCUGGCGGCGGCCAAGCACAGCUACGUGGACGUGCUCUACCUCGCACCUGACUGCCUCGAAUGUGAGGUUGCCUUCAUCCGCCAACUCAACGCCUCCUUCGGCUCCAACCCCGCCUCCGGCCUCUCCCGCUCAGGCGGCCUCCUGCCCUUCGGCCAGAUCAUGAUGCUGCUGACAAAUGUCCAACAAGUGCGGCAGAUGCUGGAGGUGGAGUACACGUUGGAGAAUCUGGGGUACCGGUUGUUCCACGUGGAGACCAAGCCCAACGGCCAUCUGGAGGUGGCCUACAUCCAUGCCUCCCUUGUUCAGCCGCCCAAGCCUGCUGACUGCCCCGUCGACACUGCCGGUCUCAAGUACCCCGACCACCAGCAGAUCGACGAUGCUGCUGUGUGCCAAGCAGAAUCUUCUUUCCAGGUGAACAUGGCGCUGCGGCGGGCGGCCAUGGGGGGCGAGCAGCCGCUGACGCUGUCGCUGGCGGAGAUGAAGGAGCUCAUCUACGUGCCGCUCUACCCCUGCCCCUACGAGGAACGCAUCGGCGAGUGGGGCGACGGCGGCAAGUGGGUGUGCAUGCUCGCGUCUGCACUGCGAAAGCAGCCGAUCGUCUACAGUGUGGGGAGCAACGAGCAGUUUGCGUUUGAGCAGGGCAUGGCGGAGUCGGUGCGCACCAAGGCGUUCACGUUUGACCCGUUCAUCACGGCGGCGCAGCAGGCGCACAUGCGCUCGCUGCCCUUCCUGCACUUCCACGGCAUCGGAGUGGCGGGUGAGGAGUCGCUGGCGUACUACCACAAGCAGAACCCCGACUACGACUUCAAGACGCUCGCACAGCUCAUGCUCUUCCUCAACCACACCUACGUCGACGUGCUCAAGAUCGACUGCGAGGGCUGCGAGGUCGCCUUUAUGCGCGACAUCGCCCGCGCCUACGGCUCCGAACCCGCCACCCUCGCCAUCAACGGCGGCGUGCUGCCCUUCGGCCAAGUGCUCAUGGAACUGCACCAGAUCACGAACACGAAGGCGAUGCUGGCGCUGCUGUACACGUUUGAGAGUCUGGGGUACCGGCUGUUCCACGUGGAGACGAACCCGCUGUGCCUCAUCUGCAUCGAGGUGGCCUACAUCCACGACUCCCUCCUCCAGCCCGCCAACCCCCAAGCCUGCCCCAAAGCCCCCCUCAACGACCCCGCCACCCUCGCCAAAAUCUCAGCCACUGGUGGUGGUGGUGCGCGAGCCACGGACGGCUUGCCUUUAGCAGAGGGGCUGGACGACGGGCGGGAGCAGCGCGAGAUGGAGGUGUACAAGCAGCAAGCCAAGUCGCUCUUCAAGCGCCUGUCGCAGGGCCUACCGCAGGCGUCGCGCAUGUCCAUCGAGACUGGUCCCUACUUCUUCCAUUACAUAGUGGAGGGCGGGGUGUGCUACCUGACGCUGUGCGAGCGGUCGUACCCGAAGAAGCUGGCGUUCCAGUACCUGGAGGAGCUGCAGCGCGAGUUCGAAAAGGUCAACCGCUCGCAGAUCGAAACCGUCGCGCGCCCCUACUACUUCAUCAAGUUCGACACGUUUAUUCAGAAGACGCGCAAGCAGUACCUGGACACGCACACGCAGCGCAACAUUGACCGGCUGAACGAUGACCUGAUAGAGGUGCAGCAGAUCAUGACUCGCAACAUCCAAGACGUGCUCGGCACCGGGGAGAAACUCGACCAUCUGACGCAAGUGUCGAGCCGGCUAUCCACAGAGUCCAGUGCAUACGCCAAGAAGGCCAAGCAGCUCAGCCAACAGGUGCGCUGUGCUCUACCGCUUGCAGCCUCCGUGCACACUCGUCCGGUUGCUCUCUCACACCUCUCACUCCCUGCUUCUGCGUCACAAUCACACGUGCUUGUGCACACGCACCGGGACAUGCACUCUGAAGCGCUCAGUUUCGUGGCCAUUCAUUCCCUCAGCUCUCCCAUCCACCCGUGCCUGUGCACGCAUGUGUCAUUGUCCCUCCAGGCCCUCCUGAGAAAAUGGGCGCCCAUCGCCAUCAUAGUGCUCGUGGUAGUCAUGGUCUUCUAUGCCCGCCGCCUCUUCUACUCCUGA